AUGGGGGGCUGGACCGGCUUCUUGUUCACCUAUCUCCUGGGAGGCCUGACCUUCAUACCUUUGGUCGUCGUCGCCGUCUUCGUCCAUGCCUACCUGACUCUGCCCUACCGCCAGGAUGCCGACACAAGCCUUGACGCCGAUGGCGGUCAGGACUCCGUCGUGCAGCCCGGGGACGAUCUCACGGCCCUGCAAGCCGCAAAGGCUGGCGAUAAGGACGACGGCUCGGCGAAGCGGCCUGCGACCCAGGAUAACGACGUAGCAGCGGGGUACUUCGCCGUGUGUCGUGAAUACACGCCCAUGGGGAUCAACGCGAAGCCCAUCGAGCGAGCCACGCCCACCGGGUCGACUACCGUCGCCGCGCCCAGCCAGAGCGUCUACCAGACCAUGUAUAAGAGCAUCUUCGAGCGGAAACCGACACCAGGACCUUUGGACAGGAACGGGUUGAGCCAGCGUCCCAAGAACGCCGGCAACGUCUUCUAUGUUGUUCUCAGGCAUGGGCAUCUGAUGCUCUUUGACGAUGACGAGCAGAUCGAGGUCCGACACGUUAUAUCACUUGCGCAUCACGAUGUCAGUAUAUACUCCGGAGGAGACGUAACGCCUGAGGGAGAGUUGUAUAUCAAACGGAACGCGUUAUGUUUGUCGAGGAGGCCAGAUGGCCCGGAGGUUGGUCGGGACAGUCAGCUCUCCAAACCGUUCUACCUCUUCUCGGAGAACUGCUCAGCAAAGGAAGACUUCUACUUCGCUUUGCUCCGUAACCAGGAGCAGAUUUUUGGCAAUGACCGGAUAGCUCCCAAACCGAAGCAAUUUGAGGUCAAGAACAUUAUAUCUUUGGUCCAGAAGCUGCACUCGUCCGAGGAGCAUCUGUCUACUCGGUGGCUGAAUGCCAUGAUUGGACGCAUAUUCCUCGGAAUAUACAAAACGACCGAUUUGGAACACCUGAUUCGAGAGAAGCUCACUAAGAAGAUUGCGCGGGUGAAGCGUCCGUCAUUCCUCACUAACAUUGCCAUCCGCGGGAUCGAAACUGGCGAAUCAGCCCCCAUCAUCACUAAUCCUCGCCACAGGGAUUUGAACGUGGAGGGCGAGUGUGUGAUGGAGGCAGAUGUACGGUACACUGGAAACUUCCGAAUCGAGGUGGCUGCGACAGCUCGCAUCGACCUUGGGUCACGCUUCAAGGUCCGCGAGGUCGACCUCGUUCUCGCUGUGGUCUUGAAGAAGCUUGAAGGACACAUGCUCUUCAAGAUCAAGCCGCCACCGAGUAAUCGAAUUUGGCUCUCCUUCCAGAGCCAGCCGAAAGUGGAGAUGACCAUCGAGCCUAUCGUCAGUGCUAGGCAAAUCACCUACACCAUUAUUCUACGACAGAUUGAAAACCGUAUCAAGGAGGUUAUUGCGGAAACUUUGGUGCAACCAUUCUGGGACGACAUGCCCUUCUUCAACACAGAGCACAAGAAGUGGCGAGGCGGAAUCUGGGAAGACGAUGACGCUGUCGUUGGCUCGCCUAGCAUGGAGGCUCACGUCGCACAAGAGGGCGAUGUGGAGGGGGUUGACCGCUUGGAGGACACAGGGGACCUGCAAAGCGACCUCAGACCAAGCGAUAUGAGGCCGUUCGAGAAGAGUCACAGCAUGCCGAUCGUUGAGAAUUCGUCACACACUGGCUUGUUCGGCAGGAAGAUACAAGGCAAGGGAACCAGCAGCCCCUUGAACAGCUCGUCCACAAGCGUCGAUGUCGUGGGCUCGCCUACAUCACCGGCAUCUAAGCCUAAGCCGUUUAGAUCGCCAUCCGUAUCGAGUCCAGCGAACCCAGUGGUCGGAACGGAUGCAGCUCACGCAGACAUGUUUAAGCCGUCCAGCUCACCACCGGAUCACGCAUCCAGUAUGAUGGCAGCGCUGUCAGCAAGAUCUCAAGGCAACUCCGCUGCCGCGACACCCACCGAUACUCCCGCAAAGCCACCACCCGUCGCGAAAGCACGAAGCCAGUCCUCUGCAUCCUCUCGCGAAGCUACCGACAAUGAGAACGAGUCCGAUCGAACGCCAGUAGCUAACAAAAGACGAAGCACGACAUCGUCCGCCGAGUCAUUACGAGCGACCGAGUCAACAGAUCCAAGCUCAACAACGGCGGCAUCCUCGAAAGCAGCCUCGAUCAAGAGCGCUACAGGCUCAAUCUCCAAGGGCUUGUUCAGGCGAGAUACGAAUAGCACGGUGGCAUCGAGCGCUGCUUCUACAAACGGCGAAGGAAAACGCACCACGCUUGCUGCCGUCGCAAAUGCUGCAGUCACAGCAAGGCAGUGGGGUUGGAACGCUCUCCAAAAACACAAGGACGCCAAGAAUGGAAACGCCAGUGAGCAAAAUCCGCCGGUAGACCUGAACCAGCCGAUGGGACGAGGACAACCUCUGCCGCCACCCGGCACACCCCUCCCGCCUCCCGUGAAGGGUUCAAAGAUCACCACGAUCCCUGUGCAGAAGCGGAAGCCUAUAUCCCCUCCAGAGCUGCCUGAGCGACCCCAUCCAGCUGCGCUGUCCGAAAGUCGGCCGGCUCGCAAACCGAUUCCGCCCCCGUUGGUCGAAAGCAAGUCGGACCGCUGGGAGCGGAGACCAGUGCCGCCUCCCCCGCUACCCUCACGUCGCCACAUCGACAACAGCAACGACGGCGGCGAGAACAUGCUCGUCGUCGAAGCGCCCCUCGACUCUGAGCCCACGACUCCGAUGGACGAGAACGGCCCUCCGUCGGCAUACGUCCAGCCAUGGGCCGAAGACACGGAAGACUAUGAGGAACCGAUCUCUACAACCGCUCCCUCCCGCGAGAGCCGUGGAAGCAACGGCAGCACCACCAGCGAAGAAGCAAGCCGCACCCCGCCGCCCCUCCCCGAGAGGCGCACGAGCCCCAUCGAGGCCGUGCCCGCCAACAUGGAUGAUGACGAUGACUACUCCGCGUGGAUGGAAGACGAUAACACCAACGACGUAUACGAGGAAGAGAACAAGAAGCCCAUCAUCACGGGAAGUAAUGGGACUGCGGCCCCCACGGCAGCGACGAGCUAA